UGAAUCUCCCACCAACCUCGUUUGAAGGAAAAUCUGAAAUCUCCAACAGACUUGAGUGAAAAUUUCAGCAAAUACACAGGAAAGAGGAAGAGAGACACAGUUUAUCGAACAACCAUGAUGAUGUCGACUCAGUGGACUCGGUUUGAGGACAAGCUGUUUGAGCAGGCUCUGGUUAUGUACCCUGAGGAGUUGCCUGAUCGGUGGCAGAAGGUUGCCGAUCAUGUCCCUGGGAAGAGUUAUCAAGAAGUGAAGGAGCACUAUGAGGAUUUGGUACAUGACGUUUUGCAGAUUGAUAUGGGGAGAGUCGAUUUGCCCAGUUACGCUGAUGACGACGACGAGGAGUUGGGGAAUUGGCAGUCGGAGCUACAUCAGAUAUCGUUUGGAUCACCGAAACCCAAGGAAGCUGAAAGGAAGAAAGGCACGCCGUGGACGGAGGAGGAGCACAAGUUGUUUCUAAUUGGGCUUAAAAAAUUUGGCAAGGGAGAUUGGAGAAGCAUUUCAAGGAAUGUGGUUGUGACAAGAACACCAACUCAAGUAGCUAGCCAUGCCCAAAAAUAUUUCCUCCGGCAGAGUUCAGUGAAGAAAGAGAGGAAAAGAUCGAGCAUUCAUGAUAUCACCACAGUUGAUAACUCGGCGGUUCCUCAGCCUGCCGAUGAAAAUUGGGUUCCUCCACUUGCUGACCAAAACUGGGUUCAUUCACAUGGUGAUGAACUUCAGCUGGCUCAGCCCCAGCAGUUCCAACCUUUGUCUCCGCAGCUGCAACAGCCAAAUCAAGGAGUUCCGAUGGACUAUCAGGACUUCACGUUUCACCCAAUGUAAAUGAUAUUUAUGUAUAGAAGUUGUAGUCUGGAUUUGAAAUCCCAUUUGUAUAGCACUGAUCUUAUUGUUCUUUUAGCUGAUACAUAAUUAGGUGGUCUGUGAAGCAAAAUUGAAAGUACGAGGGUGUUUUUUUAUUCUUCUUGUGAAUGAAAUAGGUGAAAAUUGAAAUUA